AUGUGUACCCAGUUGGUCCCCCACCCCGCAAGAAAGGAGACCCCACAGUCUCCAAAUCCACCCACCAUACUGUCAGCCCACGAGCAUGGACUGUGCCAGCUGCACCCUGAGGAGCCGUCUCACCUGUUGCUUCAGGUUCUCAGCGGACGGGACGCCCAAACAGGAGAGUGCUGUGAGGCCCGAGAGCACCCUAAAGAGGAGACCUGUAAGUCGCCUUCCUCAGAGCCGCCUGAGGUGCAUUUCUCAGACAGCCCAGAGGAAGUUGCUGCUGGUGUGGCAUCUAGUCCUCCCCAGAGCCCAGAGGGUGCCUGUGCUUCCCCCACUGCCAGGGAGGCCGUUCCGUUGAGACAACCCAAGAAAGAGUGCCCCAGUAACGAAGAUGAGGGGGGGAGGAGCACCAGGGAGGACCCCGAAGAUGCCGAGUCCUCGCAGAAAGAGGCACUGCGUUUGAAGAUGGUCGACCUGGUGGUGUUCCUUCUCCUAAAGUAUCGCACAAAGGAGCCGGCCACCAAGUCAGAAAUGCUGAGUUGUGUCAUCAAGGAGCACCAGGACCACUUCCCUGAGAUCUUCAGCCGAGCCUCGCAGUGCCUGCAGGUGCUCUUUGGCAUUGAGGUGAAAGAAGUCGACCCCAGCAACAACGUUUAUUUCCUGGUCACCACGCUGGGCCUCACCUACGAUGGGAUGGUGAGCGGUAGGCACAGCAUGCCCAAGACGGGCCUCCUGGUCACGAUCCUGUGCUUGAUCCUCCUGGAGGGUGACUGUGCCCCUGAGGAGGAAGUCUGGAAAGCCCUGAAUGUCAUGGGGCUGUAUGAUGGAAGGGAGCAUUGCAUCUAUGGGGAGCCCAGGGAGCUCAUCACCAGUGUUUGGGUGCGGGAACCGUAUGUGGUGUACCGGCAGGUUGCCAACAGCGAUCCUGCUCGCUACGAGUUCCUGUGGGGUCCCAGGGCCCACGCUGAAACCAGCAAGAUGAAGGUCCUAGAGUAUUUGCUCAAUCUCAAAAGUAAGAAUCCCAGAUUCUUCUCAACUCUGUCUGAAGAUGCUUUGAGUGAUCAGGAAGAAGAGGCCUGA